AUGGGGAAAAAGAAGGUAAUUUUCCAACAACUCCGCGAAAGUUCGCCAAAAUUGUAUUUUUCAGGGAAAGCGCUCGCAAAACCGCCAGCUGCUAGUGACUAACUCUCCAUCUAACCCGGAAAAUUCUCUUCUUAAUACUACUCGUCUGGAAGAGGUUUUGGUAGCUGGAUAACUCCCAAACAUUGCAAUUAUUACAGGAUUUGUUGGAAGAUUUAGAAAAUUUCGAAAACGUCGGAUCUGUAGGCCGAAAUUCGCUGGAUCAACCGCCGAAACACGUCUAUCAGACGGUGUUCAUGAGCCACGAAAACGUGACGACAGCGCCGACGAAUUUGACAAAAACGUCCAAUUCGGGGAAACAAACGAGCUAUCAUGUAGGCCAAAAUUCCAAAAUGUGGCCUAAACAUCAUGUUUUUUCAGGAUCUGAUGGACGGCGGCGCCUACAAAUCCUUCCACAAUUCUCAUCAAUCGCUCGCCCAUAAAUCCACGUCGAACACGUCGAAAGGCCACGAAAUAACGGAGACGUCGGGCGCCGGGGACCGUAUUCUGGCGGGAAGUCGCUCGAUUUCGCACCGAAGUCUCUUCUCGGACAACCGAUCGUUCGGCGGGCUUCCGAAGAGCAGAGACGGCUCGCGCGUCAGCGUCCAAUGGGACAAUUUCGGGGACGAAAACUACGACCUGAACGGGACAAACUCGCAGAAUUCCGACGAGGACCGCGUCCGAAUCAGCCGCGAGGUGAUCGUGCCGAAAGUGCGCAGCAGGACGGUCAGUUCGAGUUCGACCGGACGCAAAAACGGAGGGAAUCUGAUGAAUUUGCACCAGAUGAGCACUUCGCAGAGAGGAAUUCACGACGACGAGAUGGACGUGAGGACGUACCACGCCGGAUCCGAAUAUCUCAACAACCGACUCAGCAAGGCGAGUGCACUUGAAAGUUACAGAGUUUAUGGGAGGGGAAGAGGGUUUUAUGAAUUUUCGUUAUUUUCAGUUUCCACUCAUUUGAACCCACUAGGAUACCUGAUACGAGCACUAGAAUCACUAAUGUCCCGAUUGCAGGAGUGUCCUUAAGGCGCCGCAAUCUUGACAUUUAUCACUUUACCCGGACUGUAACAGGUUGCCAGGUUGUUUCAACUGCCAGGUCGUCGGAAAAAAUCGGAAAAAUGUUUUGACGUUUUUCAAACAUCCCGCACCAAUGAUUCAUGUUAUAAGCUUUUUCUCAAAUCUUUAUCUUUCUUCUGAAUUUCUGUUCUACUAGGAGUCACGUAAAAAUGAACGUUUUGCAGUUGUCAAUCCACUCGAACAAUGAUGAAUUUGUGUUGGUCGGAGGCCAUCCGCCGGCGGAUUCGGUCGAUUCGAGAUCGGGAUUCGGAGGAGGCGGAAACGGAACGACUGAUAGUAUCCAUCAAACUUCCGUGCCGACCGUCGGAUUCGGAAGCUACGAACGAUCGCUGGAGCGAGGAUUUCACGAGGAUCCGGGCAGAUCCAUAUCCCAGCAGAGCAUCAACCGCGAGAUCGGUGCCCACUUUUCCAGAUCCUCUUCCCGGCAUUCUGUGGUAAUUUUUGAAGAAAAGGGUUUUUAAUUUGUAUACUUUACUGGAAAUUUCAUCGUAAACAUUUUGGUCUCGCUUUUUCAUAAACAAAACUUUUACCGAUGUGAAAACUUCAUUUGUGCUUGCAGGGGACCACUUCGAACACGGACGAUCGUCUGAUGCUCGCCGCCCGUUACAGUUUGUCGCCGGAAGCGGAGGGCCUCCUCGAGAUACCCAAAAAUCGUCCGAGAGCUGCGGUAGACCCAUUUUCCCUUUUAAAAUUGCAAAUACGUUUAUUCUCAGAGCCGUCGAAACAGCGUUUCGAGUUCGGUGUCGGAUCGUGUGGAGUUCGCGGAGAUUCCGACGCUUUUCAGUCAUCCGGACGACAAUUUCAACGACGAUGAGCCCGGAGAGUCGUUCCGACCGACUUCCGAGCACCAGGCCACGCCCACCGGACUGCCGAGGGCCAGAAACAGCAGAUUCUCCUCUUCUUCCAGCAUUUCUGUAAGAAUUUUGUCUGAAUUUUAUGAAAAUUUCACAUUUUUGCAGAUUCCGAGCGGAAAAGAGCCGCCAAAGGCGCUUCUGGUCACUUCUGCGCUCACUCCGAUCAUUCCGAAGCGUUCUGUGAUCUCACUGAGCCGUUCUGACGACUCAAUCGUCCUCGCCACACCGGACACUGUGCAAAGAGCCACGAAACCAGGAUUCCGUCCGUUUGAGCACCAGAAGGAGAUCGAAAUUCCGGCGGCGACGCGAAAAACGACGGAAAUGGCGGUGCAAACGGGCGACACGAUACGUCUCCGUCAGAAUCCGUACACGGGAGACGUUCUCAGCGAGAGAGCCUGGAUUCCGCCCACGCAGCCGAGAGACUUCGAGAUUUCCAGGGCAAUGACUGCGAGUUUUGUGCCGUCCGACGCCGGAUAUGCUCAGAAAUCGGGGAGCGUGGUGGAAAUUCCGACGGGAAGCGCUUCUCCGGCGACGUCGAAUUUCCGCAAUCGUCUUCGUCACAUUUCGGACAUUUACGCUAAUGAUUCCGACGUCGUCGUGGAGAAAUCUGAAGUUUCUGCUCCUUCGGAAGUUAAAAUUGGAAGAUCCGAAACUACUUGGGGUUCGGAAGUCAAAAUUCCAAGCUCUAGACAAUCUGAAGUCAAAAUCGGCAGUUCCGGAGGUUCUCGAGUGAAAAUUGGAAGUUCUGGAACCACUUGGGGAUCUGAGAUCAAAGUUCCGAGUUCUGGAGCAUCUGGAGUCAAAAUCGGUAGUUCCGGAGGUUCUCGAGUAAAAAUAGGAAGUUCUGGAACUACUUGGGGAUCUGAGAUCAAAAUUCCGAGUUCUGGAGCAUCUGGAGCCAAAUCCGCGCCGAAACCACCGCAGAGAAUCUCGCUGGGAUCCAGCUCAUCUACCAUCGUCAUCCCCAAAAAGUCUUCGCCUCUGAAGACCCAAAAGCCCAAAGAGAUUCACAUUCCGAUCUCCCGUCACUCUUCUUCCAACGAUUCGGGCGCGGACACGAUCCGCAAGCACAUACCGCGCGGAAGGAUCCGCGACUUGGCCGACGCGUUCAACCGAAUGGACACGGGCGCGCCGCCCACCUUUUUCCACCAGAAAACUCUCGAAAAACCGGAGAGAACGCCGCAGAACUCGCGUCCGACCAGCGAGCAUUUGGACCAUUUUUCGAUCGGAGACGUCCGAAACGGGUCUUCGUCGAGCGCGUUGCUCAGCUCCACUCAGACUCUCUCGCAGGAGGAUCGCCGCAGAUCCACGUCUUCUUCUCUUCAGUAUCCGCCGCACGUCUUCACGAGAAACACCUUUUUGCAGCAGACGGCCGGAGUCAAACCGGGUACGGUUUGUUAAGGGCGAAACGAGUAGAAACUAUGAUUUUAAUGAAAAAAAGCAAACAAGUAAUAUGCGUUUUCUUCCAGGCGACAAGUCGAUAAUCCCAACGAACGUGGCCAUGUCGACGAGCUACCGUACCAGCCAAGAAGCAGGGAAAGGCGACGGAUUCGUGUCGGAAUUUGAAAAGAUUCCAUCGAUUCCGUCCGAUUUGAACAUCCACCGCCCGUUCUCCAGUCAAACUGCGCCUCUGAAUCGCUCGAAAACGCUCGAACCGCAGAAAUUCGCGGAAUAUUCGCGAAAAGUUGAUGUUCCGAUUCGAAAGGAAGUGCCGAUCGGCGGACAAUCCACGCGAAAUACCGAGCUGAUCAGGAAGAAGGUGUUGCCGAGCGGACUGAGGGCCAAGACGCAGGAAGUUUCUCCGUCGACACUCAAAUUCAACGCCGCGCAUCUUUACGAAUCACGGGCGGUCAGCGGCGAUUUGCAGGAGGACGCAGGAUUUUUCAGCCCGCAGAAACCGUUGUAUUCGAAGAAGAGGGAGGCGUUCGGAAGACAGACUGCCGAGGAUUUGAGACAGGUUGGAAAAUGGCUAUAUAGAAAAAAAUAUUCAUCUCAGGACCACUGGAGUUCUCACCAUGUUCAUCAUCAGCCAUGGACCGGUUCCUCUUCUUCAUCUCAAUAUAAUAAAUGGGAAAUGGGCCAUCAUCGUGAUCCGAAUGAGAGAGCGACGUCGUCGAUGGACAGAAUGGGACAGAAGCACGCAAAUAACAACCAGCCCACUUACACUACCACCACUGAAUACGAGAUUAAUAAUCAAAAUAUCUAUAAGGUUUGUGCCCGCGCUCAAUUUUUUAUUAUUAUUCCAGGCUUUUAGAUGCACAAUUUACCUUCCCUUUUCAAUUUGCAGCCUGUCAAAUUGAACGAAAAGGAGAACUUGCACCAUGGUCCAUCCGGAGCAUCGUCCUAUCAUCACCAGCCGAACAGGAAUGUCAGUAUCCCGCAGAACAUGCCCUCUCCGUACUCCCCGCCGGCCACCGAAGACGCCGGCAGCAGAAUCACGCAUCACACUUCGCAGACUCUCCAGGACGAUCUGUUCGCCACGGAGGACUCGAGCAUUCGCGGAAAGAUUGACCGAAUGUUCGAUUUUGUGGAGAGCGACGAUUCGAGGAAAACGAUGAGGGGAAUGGGCACUGGGGGAGGGUCGCAGGCAUCCACGGACACGAUCGGCACCAGUGCGGGCAUCAUCGGCAACAAGUUCCAGCACGACUCGUAUCUGAGAGAGCAAAAGUGAGCGCUUUCAGAACAAGACCUGCGCGAAUCGAAAAGGCUCAACGAGACGAUUCUGACUAUAUUCUCAAACUUUGUUGCCGACCUCUGACUCAGGAAAAACUCAUCUGAUUUCAGUUGAGGUUUUCACGAUUUUCAGAAGUCAGACCAACCUGCAGUUGUAUACAAGAAAAUAGAUAAGCAUAUUAAUAAUUUCUCAAUUUGCAGACAUCCGCGACGCUACGAGUCGAACCUCCGUCCACCUUCCUCUCAUUUCCUCGACGCGGUGCCACCCGCGCGUCCUUCCGAAUCGUUCAAAUCGAAAAUGAAGUCUCCGGACCGUCGGAACACGGUCACCGGCUCCGAGAUCCACCAGUUCGACACCUCGGAACUCGAAUACUCGCUUUCGCAGUACCGUGAAAUGCAGAGAGAACAGCUGCGCAGACGUCUUCCGUCGGCCGACGAGCCGCAGUUCUUCCGAUCGCCGCUGCUCUCGGCUCCGCACGCUGGACAGUCAAUGCACGCGUACGGGACGAAGGACCUGCACGGAACGCCGACCGCCGGAGAGAAAGUUCGCUUUCCGAGCAGUUCGAGCGGCCUGAAGCUGGCGGUUCCGACCGCUUUGGCCACAUCGACCCCCAUAGAUUCUCCGCAAUCCAGAACCUUCUCUUCCAUCAGCAGAGAGGUACGAUUCAAGGGAUAGUUGACAACUAUUAUUGAAAAUCAUUUAAAGCUUAAUUAAUUCUUCAAUUUUCGUUCAGGUGAACAACAACAUAAACCUGAGCGCAAUUCCGCCGAACGACACGUUCGUCUCGUCGAUUUCGGGCGUUUCGGCUGUGGACAAGCACGCGGAAGUGAUGAGAAAGAUCAACCGCCUGUCGUACAUGAUGGAGAACACGCAGAAGCAGAUGAGCAUGAACGAGGCGGCGCUAACGGACGCCGUCAAGAAGGGCCGCCGCUCGCAGGAAAUCGCCGCGCACCGCUCGAUCCUCAUCACGCGCGAGACGCUUCGUUUGCAGCGGAACGAACUGAGACGCCUGCACGCGCUCUCGGCCGUCAGAAGACCGCCGCCGCCGGUCGCCAAGGAACUCCGGGGCGCCGUCGUUUUCAAGAACCUCACCGUUCAGCUCAACAAGCGCUUCGUCUCCAGAUUGACCGCCAAAGAUGGUUGGUCUUUCGGAAAAUUGUUUUUCACAUUAUCGGAAAAUCAGUUGCAGAUAACUCGUACUCGUUCGUCGGGCUCUUCAAAUUCGGACACCAAGUGGAGGCGACGGAAUUGGUCCCUCUGCGAGUGUAUUCGGGAGAAACGACGAGCGACAAGCUGUACUUUGAGAAGCAGAUCCAAUUCUCAGAUGUGUCAAUCGAUUUCAUGGUCUGCAUCGAGAUUUAUGCGAUGGUUAGCCGAAAAUGAAGGAUUUUGGGUAUAAAUUUAAUAUUUUGCAGAAAGUCGCUGCGCAGAAACCAGUGGAAUUAUCUCUCGGGUCGUCGUUCGCAAACAAGUGCAAGAGUCUGAUGGGACCGCGUAAGUACAACUUUGUAUUGAAAAUACUAAAAAGGGGCAUUUUUCGAAUUGAAUUCCUACCGAUUUUUCCCAUUUUUUCAGCGCAAAAGAAAUCACACGCUCCGUCGACGGAAACGGCGUUCAAAUUCCGCGGCCGUCUGAUUCUGGACCGUGACGCCGCCGGAGACCGAUGUCUUUAUCUGGACGACGUCACUUAUCCGCUCGAGGGGACCGUCAUGAUCACGACCGAGUGCAGCCGACUGCCCGAGGCGUUCGAGGUCGAUUUCCGAGGUUUUCUGGUGCGGUUUUCACUUUUUUGUGAAUUUUUGUGCUCAAUGUUCAUAUUUCAGACCAUGUUCCAUACGAUCAGCAACAUGGCGAGUUGGGAGCGCUACUGGGCGGUGCUCCGCCGCGGAAUCGUCUUUUUCUGGAAGUAUCCGGACGACGAGCAGAUGGGUCGGGAGCCGAAGAUGCAGAUCGAUCUGACGAAGUGCACUAACAACAUGAUCGAGAAGUGCGCGUUUGAUUUGUGCCCGCGCUCGAACUCGUUCGCCAUCGAAAUCCUCGUCGCCGCGGAGGAAUCGAGCACUGUCGGAUCGGUCGUCGAGAAGAAGAGGUCACUCGUUUCCUUUUGUUUGAAAAAAUAGAAAAAGAUCUGACAAAUUUCCAGUGUAUUUUCUCCUAAAAAUGAGAAAUUCUUCAAUAAACCGAAAAGAGCGCAAUAACUGUCUGGCCUAAAGUUUCAGAGUGCUCCUGUCGGCGGACACCCCGGAAAUGCUGGACCAAUGGCUGUUCACCCUCAAUCAGACCCUCGACGUCAUCCGCGGACCCAUUUGA